CAGCUGUCUGGUAGGUUAUGGGUAGUUCAGCAAGUGUAAAAUUAUGAAAGUAACAUGUUUGAUUUCUCAACAGGUGAUGUGGUACCAGUCUCCUUGCCAAAUUGGAUAGAAGAAGAGUGCGCCCCGUAGCUUUCGCAUCGAAUGCCGCAGAAAUGGCAAACGACGAUGAAGAGUCAACUUGUUGUUGUUGUGAACACCGCUACAGUCCGUGUGUGCUGUGGUCGUCGUUUUGCAGCUGGUUUGUACGUCGGCUGGAGAUCUUUUUCGGUUGUUUUGGCGAAGGAAUUGCCAAGUAUCCUCUUUUUGUUAUCCCAGUAUGCCUCGUUUUCGUCAGCAUUUGUUCCGUGGGAUUUGUUUGGCUUAACGUGGAAAUUAGAACGGUGAAACUGUUUAUUCCUCAAGACAGCCAGGCUGUCUUAGACUUGGACCUAGCCGAGGAGUAUUUUAGACUUAAGGUUCGCGAGGAAAUCGUACUUUUAGUGAGCGCGCCUGAUUCGCGAAAUGUUCUUAAUAGAGAUUGCCUAAAACAGGCCCUACAGGCCCAUGAGGAAGUUGUGAAGUUAACAUCGUAUUCAAAACUUUGCGCAACCUUGUCUGGCGAUGUGGCUGAAUCAGCAGAAAAAUGCAUGAUGAUAAACCCCUUAGAGGUGUUUCAGUUCAAUGAAAGGGAACUGAACGUUUCAGACUCACAAAUUCAAGCUAACAUAACGAAUCCUAACCUUACUGUCAUGCGCAAUGGCCGUCCUUAUCAGUACAACUUCGGUCGGAUGUUUGGUGACGUCACUAAAGAAAGUGGUGACGUCACUGGUGCAAAGGCUCUGCAGAUGGUUUACUUUCUUCGCGAUCCGAGCAAGGAAGAGGCGAACACAGAAGUUCUUGAAUGGGAGAAAACGUUUAUUGAUAAAAUGACCUCGUUAGCGGAUACUCUAUCGUGCUUUAAAGUUUAUUAUUCGAGCGAGCGGAGUCUGGAUGAUGCCAUUUCUGAGAGUUCCGGUUCUGACAUCACUCUUGUGUCAAUCACGUUCACGCUCAUGAUAACGUUUGCUUGUGUCAUGCUGGGAAAAUUCUUAAAUCCGCUGACCGGUCAUUCUCUGCUCGCCAACGCAGGUGUUUUCGCUGUGGCUCUCGGGAUACUAGCUGGGUUUGGCUUAGCUAUGUGGUGCCGAGUGCCCUUCGUGAGUAUGGUCGGAGUACUCCCGUUCUUGAUCCUCGGUAUCGGAAUCGACGAUAUGUUCAUACUAGUGGACGAACUCGAUCGGCAGCAGAAAUCUCUUACAGUUAUUGAGACGGUUAAAGAGGUCAUGGCCCGAUCUGGUGCUACUAUUACCAUGACAACGGUAACAGAUUUGGUAGCAUUUGCAGUCAGUACUUCUACUUCCUUUCCGGCGAUUAGGUACUUCUGCGUGUACGCGGCACUAACAGUAACUUUCUCUUACUUGAUGAUUGUCACGUAUUUUGUCGCUAUUAUGUCAUACGAUGUCAGGAGAAUCAAAGCAGGUCGCCGCGACUGUUUACCAUUCUGCCGGGCACCUCCGCCAAAAGAGAACGAGUCAGCGUGGGACGAGCCUCGUCCCCAGGUUUCAAACAAGUUGAUGAACGCCUGGGCAAAGUUUUUGACCCAUCCGGCGACUAAAGUUGUGGUGAUCAUCUUUUCGCUUGCGUCUCUCGCUGCUGGAAUAUACGGAGCCACAGUGAUAGAUGAAAGUUUUGACAGACGGAUCUUAGCCAAAGAUGAUUCAUCCCUGAAGAAGUUUCUGAGUGCACAGGAACAGUACUUCAAAUCAACUAUUCCUGUCAGCAUUGUUGUAACGGGCAAUGUUGAUUAUGGAGAAAGUUCAGUCCAGGAUGACCUAAAGAACUUGGCAAACAUUGUCACCUCUAAUAAAUAUUACGAGAACACCAAUUUGUCCUGGAUCGAUACCUUUUCCAAAUACGCUCAAGCUUACAAGAAGAACAUCGAGGGGUCGAAUUUUACACGAGAGUUAAAGGAAUUCCUUAACUUUGGACAAUUUUCUUACUUUAAACAAGAUUUGAAGUUUUCUGAUGAUAACACGAUUAAAGCAUCGCGCAUUAUAGGUGUCAUGAAGGACACAACAAGAUCAACCGAUCAAAAGAAUGCUAUGCUAACCCUUCGCCAAGAUCUCUCGGACAAAUCAAAGCUGGAUGCUUUCCCAAUCGCCCGACCCUUUAUCUUCUUCGAACAAUACGCUAUAAUCUCAAGGGAGACCUUGACGAAUCUUUUGAUCGCGGCCCUAGCUGUUUUGGUUGUCACGAGCCCCUUCUUGUUGGACUGCACUGUGACUAUCCUUGUGGUGUUCAAUUUUGUGGCACUGGUCCUUGAGCUGUUCGGUUUGAUGGUCCUCUGGGAUGUUUCCUUGAAUUCUGUUUCGAUGAUCAAUCUUGUUAUGGCUAUUGGUUUCGCAGUGGACUACAGCGCCCACAUAGCGCAUGCGUAUGUUAUGUCCGACAAGGAAACAGCCAAUGAACGUGUCGUAGACGCUUUGAGCACACUGGGUGCAAGUGUAUUCAUGGGAGGUUUCAGCACUUUCCUUGGUAUGAUAGUCCUGGCGUUUGCGGCGUCGGAAAUUUUCCGAAUAUUCUUUCGGAUGUUCCUUGGGAUCGUCUUGUUCGGUCUUCUCCACGGUUUGUGCAUUCUUCCUGUCUAUCUGUCUCUCUUCUGUUGGAGGCCAGCUGUUACCAGGCCACUCGGGACGCGUGUGAGCGUGGAGAGCUUACCGGAGGAAGUCGCCCCCGAAAACGAGGCUGUUGACGGGGAGAGCUGCGGCAAAGGGGUGGCGGAAGGACUUAACAGAAGCAGAGAUUUGGGAAGUGCGUCUUCCAACGAAGGUUUCGAGCUCACCGAGCAAGAAAAGGUACUGGAUGGCAAGGUUGACGAGCAACAACCGCUCAAAGCAAACGACGAAAGUGGGAAAGAGGGAACAGAUGAAGCAGGGAAGCAUGGCAGCGAAAGUACAGAGACUGGAGAGUCGUCAGCGCAUGUGCAAGUAGAGAGGGAUCCAAGUGCAGAGCAAGAUCCCGUUACAGAGGUGCAGGAGAGCAAGAAAGACACAUCUGAGACAUUUUUGAGCGAGGAAAUCAUGUCUGAGGCUGUUGACGGGGAGAGCUGCGGCAAAGGGGUGGCGGAAGGACCUAACAGAAGCAGAGAUUUGGGAAGUGCGUCUUCCAACGAAGGUUUCGAGCUCACCGAGCAAGAAAAGGUACUGGAUGGCAAGGUUGACGAGCAACAACCGCUUAAAGCAAACGACGAAAGUGGGAAAGAGGGAACAGGUGAAGCAGGGAAGCAUGGCAGCGAAAGUACAGAGACUGGAGAGUCGUCAGCGCAUGUGCAAGUAGAGAGGGAUCCAAGUGCAGAGCAAGAUUCCGUUACAGAGGUGCAGGAGAGCAAGAAAGACACAUCUGAUACUUUUUUGAGCGAGGAAACCAUGUCUGAAACUUCCACAAAGUUCUAAGGUUAUUUGUUUAUGGAGUAUUUUUAGAAAAAUGGAAAGUGCUCGCUUCCUAGUGAUUUUUAUCUCGUGAUGAUCGCGUAGAGAAUUUGCUGUAAAUUCGUGAGGAGUUUAUUUUUAUAACAAACACUCAGUAAGGUGUUCAUUGUGGCUCUUCCUUUUAUUUGGCUGAUCAGAAAUCACGUUAAUCACGGGUUUAAAGGCCAGUAAAUCAGUUGAAAUUGAAGAUCAGUUGUCAAGUUUACAAGUUGUAACAGUCGUUAUAAAUAUUAUAGGCUACAUCAUCGAAUUUUAAAAACGAGAUAUCCUUUGUGUAAAAGAAAAUUAGCCUAAGUGUACAUUUGUAUAAGUUUAAAUCCAAGUUCCUAUUAGGAUAGUAAAUGAAACAUUAACAUGCUUCUGCCAAUUGUUCUAAAUUUAAAUUAGCGGCAAUCGAUCUUAGAACCUUCUCUUCGGCUUUUUGUGUCGUAAAGCAUGACAAAUGGUUUUUCUUGCCGAUUCGUUCUGAUUUUUCAUUUUCAUUAAUUUCGAGCUACACUAAUUUUCAACUGGAAGGCUUAAAUACUUGAUUUUAAAACUCAUUGUCAAAUGAAUGAUCAGGCGUUCUUCGAUUCUGAGCCCUGCUUUUGCAUUGUGAUUUCACGUGAUUUAACAUAAGUUAAGUAUGUGUGUAUUUUUGUAACAUAAAAGGUACGCUUAGCAAGUUCACAGCACUAUCCUUUUUCGGGAAACAAAUAAAGAAUUUUAUUGUGA